CACACACACACACUGAGCUGAGCUGGGUGAUGUCAGUUACAGCAGAGCCGGACUGCAGGACUAACAGACUGAGCUGAUUCUUCACCAUGAGAUUUUAAUUCUACAGGAAACAGAAUUUAAAGUAUCAGUCUGCAGCAAUGAAGUCCCAUGAGGGAGAGCUGGUGAAAGAAAUCUCUAAGCUGCAGGCCAUGGUGCUGGAGCUCAGAGCUGGGUUUUCUCGGGCUUUGCUGGAACUGAAUCAGAUUCAGCUUGGAGACACGGAGCUGCAGACCCAGCUAGAGGAAACACGGCACGGCUGUAACAAGCGGGCACUGCACCUGGAAACUCUGGUGCUGUCUCUCAGGGAGGAAUUGGAAGAUGUUCGCUGUCAUAUUCGGCAGAUCUGUGAUGAUCAGGUUAAACCAGAGCAAGCGAACAACAGCACAGCACCACAGAACGACAGCACUCCUGGAUGUAGUGGGAUGAAGGAUGUUGGCAGCAAUGUUAAUGGCGUUGCUGAUAGUAAUACAGGUGCUGUAUCCCCACCCCUUCACUCUGCUGGUGGAGCCCUCCUGGUACACUGCUACCUGCAGGGUCUUUCGGCUGGACGUAGUUCAGGCAGAGACGCUCAGGUAAAAGCGGAGAGACUCCAGAGCUGCUCAUUGCAAGGAAGGAGGCAGCGUGUAGCCGUGUCACUGCUGCGGUCGGAGUGGGACUAUGUGUCUAGUCUGGGUCUGCUGUACGACAAAUACAAAGCUACACCUACAACCAGCAGCAACUUAGAUUUACAUAAAGCUUUUGCGAAGCACGUGGAUCAGAUGCUGCAGAGACACCUGCAGUUCAGGAACUGUUUGGAGGAGCGACUGACUCUGGAUCAGCGGAGCUGGGCUGUGGGAGAGGAUUUUCUCAAACUGACCGGACAGGAGAAUUCAGCAUUCUGUGACGCGUAUCUUGGCUACAUGACCGCUCUGGCAUCCAUCCUGACCGCAGAGUUCAGCCGAGAACAGCCGGACAAGCCGCAACACACGCAGGAGGAGGAGGAGAAGGAAAGCUUUCGACUACUGUCCCUGCUGUUAGCACCUGUGUCACGCUUACACGCCUACCUGAACACCAUACAGUUUCUGCGAAGCUGCUCUGGUAGCGGACACCCGGAUUGGGUUUUGCUGCAGGAGAGUGAACAGGUGCUGCGGAACCUCUGCACACGCUGUCACAUAAUCCUGGAGAGGGAGGGGCGAUGGGUCGAGGGGGUGGGGCCAGUUAACAGCCUCAGUGGAAGAUUCCUUGCCAGGAGCCCCAACUGUGGCCGCUCCGCCUUCACCAAGUACCGUGCCAGGCCAAGAGCGGGCACUGCUGACUGUGCCAGCUCCAGAUCAGACGCUACCGACUGCUACGCUCCCAUCAGUGUGCCCAGCAAUGGGCACCAGACAGAGAACUGCCACCUUGCUGUGCCACAGCCAUUCCUGCCCCCCACUGGCAUUCUGCGUAACUCUCGUGAACGUGUGUGUGAUCAGCUGCCCUCUAGCAGUUGGCCGGAGGGCUGCAGCUGGGACUGCAGAGCCGGGGAGUGCCCUCUCAUGCCCCUCUUUAUGCCCACCGUGCGUCAACCCCAGCAGCUGCUCCUGAACCCAUGUGCUCCUUCCAUGGUGGGGGACCUCCCAGGUACAGCCGCCCAGAGUCUGAAGUCCCCGUCUAGGCUGGUGGAGCGGUUGUGUGGGUCCCCGGGGCCGGACGGACGCGUGUGCCGCUCUGACCUUUACUCUCUGCCUCAGCGGAUUGAUGAGGGAGACACGGAUGCUGAUCUAGGUGAUGCUUCUGUGUUCGACUACUCCUCUGUGACUACCUGCAGCCCUGACGACACGCUGGAGCUGAGGGGAGAGAGCCGUGAGGAUGAGGAUGAUGAAGAAGACAGUGAGAUUCCUGUUCUCUUGAAGCCGUCUUGCUCUCACUCACACCCCUCUGGUUCCACGCCGAACUCUCAGAGGGAAGGCAGUGUGUGCAUGAGGUGGCAGAUCCCCCGAGCAGCCCCACUUCCUCCUGAGGUUCCUGUAGGAGGAUCGGGAACACUGAGCCGCACAAAAACUCUGCGCAGGGUUCCAACCGGUGCCUUCCGCCCCAUCUGGGACGCCCCUUACAGAGAGGGAGAUGCAGCUCCUGCUAAGGAGAGCACGGUGUCGUUCAGCACAACUAAUCAAAUUAUAAAUCCACAACGGCAAACAAAACCUUCCAGGUCAUUGUACAGAAGUGUGUGUAGCAGCAGUCCAGUUGGAGCUGCAGAUGGCAUCUGGAACGAGAGUGAGGACAGUGAAGGCCCCUGCAGCAACGUCUGAUCAGCUGAGGCACACACAGCUCCUGAUCCAAUCAAGAUCAGGAUAAGUUCCUACCUGCUACUAUCAACUGUUUCCAUCAUCUCAGUCAGCUUCAUCAGGACACUUACCUGCCUUAUAAUAAAACCAUCACCUCUUCAGGAACACCGUGCCCUGCAGACGAGAGACGCUGCUCUGGACUGCAGCUUUCACCUGCCAAAUCCUGCUCCUGAAGAUCCACCAACCUGGAGAGAUCCUACUCACCUGGCUCUGAUGAUGAGACAGCGCUGAAGCCCUUUAUUACCUGAAUCAGGUGUGUUAGUUUGGGGGUGAAGAUAAACUUGGCUGAUUUCCAGGACCUACAGCAACUGUUCAAAUCAACACCAGCAAAAUAAACAUCACCACAUAUUAGAGGUGGUGAUUUUGUAAAAAGGAAAAGAUUAAAUGAUAUAGUUAUAUAUAGGGAUGGGACAAUAAUGGCUAUUUUCCAGUUUUCCAGUGCUGGUAAUAUUCUGAUACUUUUGAAAUUUGUUCCUUUAUUCUUUAAUGUAUGCUUAACUGUAAUAUAGUUUCUAUUGCUUACCAACUCUGUAACUAAUGCAACAGCUCCCUUUUGGGUACAAAAUCUUGUAGAAAUUAUGACUUCUUCUCUUUUACUCUCAGUCAUUUAUAGUCAGUUUAAUAUAACUGGAUGCAAACAGCAGGGAGCUUAACAGCUUCUCUAACCUGGCCUGAGGACCACUGCUCUACAGGACUGACUGGCAUCAAACACCAGACAAGGUACUAAGCCAACACCCAAAGUUCACGCUUCUUGUUUAUGUGCUAAUCAAGAGUCUACUCAAUACUUUACCCCCUUUUUGGUUUUACAUGCAUUUUAUUUGCAUGUAAUCAAUUUGCAUCAUCUGAUUACUGCAGAGUCCAAUCAAUGUGUUUAAACUAGGGUAAUUAGAUAAUUAAAUUUAACUUCAGAGUUUAGAUGUCAGGCAAUAAUCAGAUUUUUCCUUUUGCAACCAACUAAUAAACUCCUAGAAUAAGAUGCAACAUAAACACUACGUGAAGUCCAAAUUUCAAGCUGCAUUUAUUUUCUCUAAAAAUAAUUUUGUCUCUUUUUCUCCUUAAUUUGAAAGGCAAAUUAACCCACUCACUCCUUAGUCCCCCCCUAAUGAACACUAGCAUGUACCUUUUCUGAUAUAUCUGAUAUAGCAUCAGUGUGCAGCUUUAAUACAUCAGCUAACAGACACCUGUGCUGACCGAUAUUACACUAGGAGCGCACUAGAAGAGCCAAUUGUGCUGUCUCUUGGACUCCGGCUGCUGAUGCUAAGCAGCAUGAUCCGGGAAGCAAACAGUGAUACUCGGAUCCUAGUGACAGCAUCUCAGUCCGCUGGACCAUUUGGAGCCCUAUUACAGCUUUUUUUUAACACGUAAUUCUAAAAGUAUGAUCUAUAAACUAGCUUUGAACCAUGCAGCUUGAUUCAGGGCGUGUCACUGUCAUUGCUAUUGUGACAAAAAGUAUGCCUUUCACAGCUUGAAGCGCACAAAAGGCAUGUACUAAUUCUCUGAGUUAAUCAUGGGUGUCUUUUUGGCGUAACGUGAAAUAAACCAAUCAGCUUGUCGUUUGCCAUUCCCUUUAAGAGCCAGGUGCACUCUGACUUUGGCGCAUUGCUAUUUUAAAGGCACAGCUACCUAGGUGUUUCCAAUGCUUCUCAGCAGAGGAAACUGACCAGCUUGACCAUUCUUUUUAUUGUUGAUGUAAAAGUUUCCAUAGCUGCAAACAGACACAUGCUAUGGGUUUGUGCACUGCUGCAUGUCCAUGUGUGUAUGACAAGCGAGGAGUACAUGUUAGGCACACACCUGUAUUGACAAUUCACUGCCAAGAUAGCAAAGAACGUCUGUCUGUUGACGUCUGUCUAGGUUGUUUUCAGUCAGAAGUGCACCUGUGUUUUCUGUUGCCAAGAUACCAAUACACCACAAAUUGACCUGAACACACCUCAUUUCAAGACCACCACACCCAUUGACAUAGAUAUUCACAAGCACUGUUGGUGUUCAAAUGGUGCAGGUGUAAGACGUGAAAAUAGAAAAUUGGUUGGUUGUAAGAUAGCAGUGAACAUCACAACAUGAUUUCCUGAUGCUCCAUCACUCUGGAACAGUGAAUCUGCACUACUGAGUUCUUGUGUUGUUUUUCUAACAUCAUUCAAGUCUUUUAAAGAUGUUUCCCUACUGACCUUUAGUUGUUUCAGCAUCUCCUUAGAUGUUUUCUCUACUUCAUGUAUGACAAUAAUUUGACCCUUGUGAAACAGAUGAACAUCUUUUCCACAACCACAGGAUGUGUCUUUCUAUGUGGUUGUUUAAAAAAUGAAAGCUACUCACUGCAUCAGUUAGAGUUAAAUUACUUAAUCAUCCAUGCAGUAAUCAUCCAAUAAUAGGCUUUUACCUAUUUGCUUAGUUAAAUUCAUGAGGUAACCUUUUUUGCCAGGCAGUGUAUUUUAAAUAUCUUAAAACUCCAGCCCAAUUAUUUAUAGGUGACAGUCACACAUGCCAGACUUUAUUCAUAGGAGAUUCUAGGCUGGACAAAUAUAUCUUAAAGAGUAACUUGACUCUAUUUACUGUACCUGCUCUAAAAUUAUUCAAUAUGAAAUAUAAAAAAAAUAUAUUUAAAAAAUAAUAUUUUAAUUUAGAUAUUUGACCAUAUUUUGAUCAAAAGUGUACUUAGUAAAGUCCAAAUAAAAUAAAAUAGUCCAAACAUGGAUGUUCUUUAGUAUUGUUUUGUAUACAUCUUUUCAUUACAAUACAAUCUUGCCUGUGGACUCAGUGGUGAUGGCUCACUGGGGAUGCUAAUUGUUUUCGGAAGUUGAAUUAAUCUUUUUCCUAAACUGUACGUUUUCACAAAGCUGUAACAAACAUAUAAUUCUCCUCUUACUAAAGACAAACCCCUGAAAAACAACCCCACGCCAUUAUCCCUCCUCCACCAAAUUUUACAGCAGGCACAUUCCAGUCAGGCAGCUCUCCUGGGCUAAGCUGCACCAGUUUUGCAUUUACAGCCAUGUGCUCACAAUAAAGAAUGAGCUGCUCGUUGAAUUUAUCUGAUUAAAUUGAAUUUGGUAUUCAGUAAUGGAUCUGGGCUCUUUUGGGUUAAAAAUACAAGUGCGGACUUUGGGGCAGGCCAUGCUUGUACUUAACAAAAGUGAGGGACCUCGUGCAUGUUGACAUGAUGACCUCGGGCACAAUCCUUAUUAUAUUUUACACAAGAGCUCCUCAGAAUAUUGUUAGCAAGAAUUAAAUAAAACACAAUAAUGAGAUCUUUAUUGUUCUGUACAAAAUAAGACUGGCUGCUUUAUUAAGAGACAACAUAAGACUCACCUAAUAAAGCCUCACACUCA